AUGGCUUCUUUGUUGGAGAUUUCUGAGGACGGGGUUGGCCCGACGCCAUCUGCCAACCGGCAUUCUCGCCAAAGCCAUGCUUCGUCAACCGAAAAUGCGGAAAUUGGACUCGAUGCAGUUGAUAAGCUUAUGGAAAUGUACAGGAGUAUUGGAGAGAAAAAGCCUUUCUCCCGUGACUCACUCGUACCAUCAGCGAUGGUUGCACCGCUCGAUCUUGGAGCAAAGAAUGACAAGACUACCAACGAGCUUGCUGAAAUGAGCGAUAACUACGAUCGGUUGAGCUUGAUGCCUAACAAGCCGCCGCAUCCUGUUCCUGGGCCAGGUAGUACUAGUAACAGAUCUAGCAGGGUUGUACCUGUUAAAUUCCAAUAUUCCCCCUCGGAUUAUUCUAGGACAGACUAUCACGUGGAUUCUAACAGUGACUGGAUGGAUGAUGAGUGUACGGAUUGGGACGGGAAUGACGAGGAUUCAAGUUCAAUCGAGGUUCAGGGGAAGUCGGGGACAGGGACCACUUGGGAUUUGAUGGUUGACCAUCAUAAUGUGGUUUGA